UCUACAGACUCUGCUGAGCUGACAGUCGCACUGAGAGUCAGACAGCUCGGAAAGUUACUGGGAUUAAGACAUAGUUCAUGGUACUGUGAAGAAACAGAAGAACAAACAAAACAUCAUAUCUGCUUUGCAGAGUGAGUCCAAAUCAUUUGCUUCUGCUGUUCGCCUGAGAAACUACUUGAAGGCACAAAAGAGUCAGAUACCGUGUCUGUUAUUCAGCUUCAUCACAGCGGUAUAUAGAGAGCUGAAGAAAAUGAGUAUGACAAGGAGCUGCCUUCUCUGUAUCAAAAUCACCAUGUUCAUUUUUAACCUCAUUUUCUGGCUUGGAGGAUGUGGUAUCCUUGGGGUUGGAGUGUGGUUGGCAGUUACCCAGGGGAAGUUUGCCACCCUCUCCAUUUCAUUCCCCUCUCUUUCCGCUGCCAGUCUCUUCAUGGUUACCGGCUCUGUAAUAAUGGUGGUGGGCUUCAUUGGAUGUCUUGGCGCCGUGACUGAGCACCGCUGCCUGCUUCUCACGUUUUUUGUGGUUUUAUUGAUUAUCUUCCUCCUUGAAAUUAUUGGGAUGAUUCUUUUCCUCGCUUACAAGGAUGAGUUUCACGACUAUGCUCAGGAAGACCUAAAAAAGGGAUUAAAACUAUAUAAAACAGAAGGAAAUUUGGGACUGACGAAUGCCUGGGACAUAGUGCAGACACAGUUCCGGUGCUGCGGAGUAAAAAAUUACACAGACUGGAUGGAUGUGGGAAUCAACUCUACUGUUCCUCAUUCCUGCUGCACAGAGCACAUUGUAAAAUGUGAGGCCUUCCCCAGCUCCUGGUGGAAAGAACCUUGCUAUAUGAAAGUGCAGCACUGGGUAGAGGAAAAUAUCUUCUCUGUGUAUAUAUUUGGCAUCUGUAUCCUUAUUGUGCAGGUUUUUGGAUUGAUAUUCUCCAUGCUGAUGUACUGCCAAGUCCUCAGAGCUGAAAAAUAUUACGAAUAGUGACAGUAACCCGCACUAAAUCUUAUAAACUGUCCCUAUGCCGUUCUUUUGUGCCCAGUUGUUAUACCUUACAUGCACAAGGAUAACAAACUGCUUAAACGUAGCUCCAAAAAGUGGAGUCUUUUCUAAUAAUCUUCUGCUCAGAUGAUGAAUAAUCACUGGAUACAUCAAGCGCUGUGCAAGUGGAAAUGAUCUUCUUCAAUCUAAAACAAUGGCUUCAUUAUAAGUGUUUAUAUAACAAAACUUUGACCAAAUGCUUUGACUUCUUGAGGAUGAAGAACUGAUGUAUUUUUAGCAUUGAAGUCUACAUAAACUUAGCUACUUCAUAGCCACAUCCUGUAAGCGAACAACUCCAUAAUACCUUGCUUGGCAUUGACAACCAAGUCGCGUAUCUCCAGCAUGCACCAAGUAUUAUUAUUGUUAUUAUAAUUCAUUUGUAUAGUGCUGCAAAAUUCCGUAGAGCUGAGCAAUAACAAAUACAUAGUUCAUUCUGUAAACUUAGAACACAAAAAGUCAGUCUAGAAAUCAUACAAAGGCAAUAAUGACCCAACAAGCACAACCAUAUGACUAUAGUCAGCUUUACAAGCAUUGUGUGUCAGUCUGUGGCCUUCACAACAUACUGUGUGUAUAAUAAAAAUGCUCUUUUUUACAUAGGUUUGAAGUUCAAGCUUCCAUUGGUUGCUGAUUUUAUAAUAUAUAUAAUGGCAGAAAAUAUCAACUGAAUAUAUGAGAGUUACUACUCACGUUGAUUAUAGUGCUGCCUAUAUGAGUGAGGACUACAGUGAUGAUUCAUUUAAAGGAAAAAAAGUAAUGGUGAAAGUAGGAAUUUUAAUAGCAAUUUACUCAAAAGUAGGAAUUACAGUAACAAAUUACUUUAUGUAACCUAUGGGGUAAUGUGUUGUCUUUAUAGGAUGCUUUAAAGGACUAGGUUUAUUUUAUCAUAAUAAAGGGCAUUAUGAUACUUAUAGACAUUUCCUUAUACUUUGCAUAUUAUUGUUUUGCUUUAUUAUUUUUUUUGCCUUUAAAUUUGCUUUGCAUUUGAGAGAUGGUUGAGUGAUUAAAGGUUGAGUGAUUAAAGGGACAUUGGAUUGUUAUGAAAGUAUCAAUGCAUUUGAUGCAUUACUUAACAGAAGUUCUACAGAGCAGAUAUAUUUAAUCACGCAUUUUCAAUUUUUGUAUAUUUAUACAGUAAACAGCCUCCUAACAGCCCUCCCCCAACAGAUGGUGUUAUCAUUGCUCAGGAUGAUACAGCCAAUCAGAGAUUAUGUUUCUAAGAUGUCUUCUUGAAGUUAAAGGGACAGUAUACACCAAUAUUUAUAUAACUGCAUGUAAUAGACACUACUAUAAAGAAUAAGAUGCACAGAUACUGAUAUAAAAAUCCAGUAUAAAACCUUUUUAAAAACUUACUUAGAAGCUUACAGUUUAGCUCUGUUUAAAAGGUUACUGGAACACCCACUGCAAGUGGGAAAUAGCAGACACUUCCCCUCCCCCUUCCUUUGCAUAUGAAAAGACCCUUUACACAAACAGAAGCAAGCUGGAGUAGGUAUAUGUCUGUAUUCUCCUAAAACUUUGGGGCUUGGUUAGGAGUCUGAAAAUCAGAGCAAUGUUAUUUAAAAAUAAGCAAAACUAUACAUUUUUUUAAAAAAAAGGAGAGCAAGCAUCAUCUUUUUAUACUCACACACACACGCAAUACCUUAUCUUAUCUCUCUAUGUAUACAAAAAUCCAAUACUUAGAGCAAUUGAAUAUAAAUAUUUUUUUAUAUGUCUCUCCCACCUCCUACUGGCAGGAUGGUUACAGCUGCUUCCUCUUGUUUACGUAGCUUUUCUAUAGCCAAUACUAUUUUACUUUUCAGUGUAGGUGACCGUUUUAAAAGGCAAGUUAUCUCAAAUUAGGUAAGGAGCUAUUUGUAAACAAUUUAAUACACUCCAGCUGGUAAAAAUUUAUAUUUGGAAACACAACGGACAGAAAACUUUACAGUGAAAUGUCCCUUUAACCAAACAUUUUGGAAUAAACAGAAGCUUUUAUGCUGGUAGUUUGUAUCUACAAACUCUCCAGUUUUUAUGUUUUCCUACAGAGACAAUUUAUUAGAACAACAUGUGAGAUUGAGAGACUGUUAGUGACUAUAACCCACAGUGAUAUAACCCAGUCUCUGCAAACUUUUUACAGUUAUAUUGGCUCUCGCUGUGCUUCUCCCCAAUAUCUUCCAGCCUGUGCUCUGUCAGCUAUAACAGGUGUAUAUAUCAUGCACCCUACAAGUGUAUUCUUUACUGAAACAAAUUUGCAUUAGCUGACAUGGUGUGAUUAUUACUAAAGUCUGUUUUAUAUAUUUCAAUAAAACGUUUUAUUAUCCAA